UGUGCGCGUAUUAAUACGUUCUCGCUCCGCUCGUGCGAAACACAACACUUUACGCACACACACAUACAUAUGCACGCGGAUAUAUUUGCGCACGGUACAUAUCUGCGAACUGACAGCUGCCAGCAGGAGAAGCAGAAGUGGCAGAUCAUGUAAGAAUCUCUCGAGACGACGAGAACGAUUUACCAUCCCACGAGCAGUCGCACUGCCAAAAAGACACGUUAGAAGAGUUGGCAGAAUAGGCAGACGCAGGAACAGCAGCGGGCGAAGGAGUGGACGAUCAAGAGGCGGAAUGACACGUCCUCCUAAUAAUGACAACCUUAUGACCUUUAAGCUGGUCGUCGUUGGAGAUGGAGGGGUCGGCAAGAGUGCCCUUACGAUACAGUUUUUUCAGAAACUGUUCGUCGCCGAUUACGAUCCGACUAUCGAAGAUAGUUAUAUUCAACACACGGAGGUGGAUGACCAAUGGUGUAUCUUGGACGUAUUGGAUACAGCCGGUCAAGAAGAAUUUAGUGCUAUGCGUGAACAAUACAUGCGGAAAGGUGAUGGAUUUCUCUUGGUAUAUUCCGUGACCGAUAAACAAUCCUAUCAAAACAUUGUCAAUUUUCAUACUCAAAUUCUGCGAGUGAAAGACAGAGAUGUUUAUCCUAUGCUGUUGGUGGCCAAUAAAGUUGAUCUAGUGCAUUUGAGGAAAGUCACAGAGGAACAGGGAAGAGAAUUGGCUCAUCGUUUGGGCAUACCCUAUAUUGAAACUUCUGCCAAAGAUCCCCCCUUAAAUGUAGAUGCUGCGUUUCACGAGGUUGUUCGUAUUAUCAAAAAUCAACCACCAGCUGAAUUGGAGAAAAAUCAAAGAAAACGACGGCGUUCGAAAAAAUGUAACAUUUUAUAAGUUAAGAAGACAGUACAUGUACACAUAUAGUUGUGUAAGAAUUAAGGACCAUGAUGCUGCAUCGUAAUCGUGCAAUGCCUUUAUUUCUGAGAGAGUACAUCCUUGAGUUUAGGAGAUUCAUCAAAAAGAACGACUACUGUUCCUCAGUAUAAGGUAUUUGUGACUAUCUUUUUACCUUUUGCUCCUCCUGCUUUAUGUCAUAGCUUUAAUAAUUGCUAUGAAGUAUCUUUUGCUUCGUACUCUGUGGAUGUGACAUCUGUGAAAAAUAAAUAUCACAGAGAGCGUGCCAAUGCGAAACGAGAGAACUCUAACAUCUGUAUCGCAAAAAUUAAAUUAGAAUUUUCGAAUAUAUAGUUCAGAAUUAAUUUACGAUAUCUGUGGCAAAAAAAGAGUGUUAUAGAGAUAUUGACUGUUUAUCCUCUACAUGAUAAAUCGAGACUACGUCUCUACCCAUGCGUACACAUCAAUUUUCUACCAUUGAAAAAAAAAUGGAAUUGAGCGUUUUUUAUUGCACAAUGCAUAAUAUUAGAGGAGUUUUUACUCUUCUCCAUGUAAGAGAGAUCUUUGUCAUAAAAUGACUAUAAUGGUUUCAUAUAUCGACUCACCGUAUAUCGAGCUCACUUUUCAAAUAGCUAUUAAUUCAAAUAGCUUUAAGCGUAUUUAUUUUAUUACAGUAUCGUUUUCCUUUUCUCUUAUAAUCGAAAUAUUCUCUUCGCAAAUUUUAUCACAUUUUUUAAAAUCAAGCACAUUAAAUGUGUGUCCUUGUGUGAUUAAACCCUUCCAUUUUUCUAUACUAGGAAUACAUUUAUGAGAUUUGAUUAUAUUAAUUGUUUGCACAAUUAAUAAAAAUGAAACAG